AUGAAGCUCGACCCCAAAGCUAUCCGAUAUCUCACUACCGAGGAUUUCCGCGUGCUCUCAGCCGUGGAAACCGGAAGUCGGAAUCACGAAGUCGUCCCGACCCCGUUGAUCGCGCAGAUCUCCGGCCUUCGAGGCGGGAGCGGGGUGAAUCGAGCCAUUUCGACCCUAGCCAAGACGAACCUGAUCGCGAAGGUGAAAAAUGCGAAAUAUGAUGGCUACCGACUCACCUACGGCGGGCUCGAUUACCUCGCGCUCAACGCCCACCAGAAGAACAAAUGCAUCUACUCUGUCGGAAACCAGAUCGGAGUCGGCAAGGAGUCGGAUAUCGUCGUGGUCGCAAACCACCAGGGAACGCAGCGCAUCUUGAAAAUUCACCGAUUGGGCCGUAUCUCCUUCCGAUCGGUCAAGACGAACCGGGAUUACUUGCGCAACCGACACACGGGAUCGUGGAUGUACAUGUCGCGACUGGCCGCGAUGAAGGAAUACGCGUUCAUGAAGGCUCUUCGAGAGAACGGGUUCAAUGUACCGGAACCUAUCUCGCAGAACCGUCACACGAUCGUCAUGGGCUUGAUUGAUGCUUUCCCCCUCCGCCAGAUCUCGAAGGUCCCGAGGCCCGCCCAACUAUACUCGGAGCUGAUGGAUAUGAUCUUGCAGCUGGCGCGGUAUGGACUGAUUCAUGGAGAUUUCAACGAGUUCAACCUUCUGAUCAAGGAGGAAGUGGAUCCCGAGGCGAAGGGUAAAGCCCCCGAGGGCGCAGAGGAGGAUGAUGAGAACAUUAAGCUCACUCCGGUGUUGAUCGAUUUCCCUCAAAUGGUGUCGGUAGACCACGUCAAUGCGGAGAUGUACUUCGAUCGAGACGUGAAUUGCGUCAAGCGGUUCUUCAAGCGAAAGUUCCAUUUCGUCAGCGACGAGCCAGGCCCCUUCUUCGCCGAUGCCAGAAAACAACUGCGGAAAAAUCCUGGAAAGCGAUUGGACGUGGACGUCGAAGCGUCUGGGUUCUCCAAGAAGAUGGCUCGUGAGUUGGAGGCAUACAUGAAGGAAGUGGGUGCUGAUGGUGGUGAGGGUAGCAAGGAGGAAGGAAACGACAGCGAGAACGAGGAUGAGGAAGAGGAACAUUCGCGAUCAGACCCCGAGAGCGAGGCUGCCGGUGACAAGAGCGAAACAGAAGAAUCCAAGGAGCCUCAGGCAGACGAAGUCCAUGACAGUGCGCAAAAGUUAGAAAAGUUGCAAGUGGCGGAGUAG